AUGUCUACUGAUAAGAUCACCUUCUUGACUAACUGGCACGCGACCCCGUACCACGCCCCCCUGUACCUCGCCCAGAGCAAGGGAUUCUUCAAGGAAGAAGGCCUCAAGGUUGCUCUGCUCGAGCCCAAUGACCCCUCCGAUGUCACUGAAAUUAUCGGCAGUGGCAAGGUUGAUAUGGGCUUCAAGGCUAUGAUCCAUACUCUUGCUGCCAAAGCCCGCAACUUCCCAGUCACCUCGAUCGGCUCUCUCCUCGACGAGCCCUUCACCGGUGUCGUCUACCUCAAGGACAGCGGCAUCACCGAAGACUUCCGCUCCCUCAAGGGCAAGAAGAUCGGCUAUGUCGGCGAGUUCGGCAAGAUCCAAAUCGACGAGCUCACCAAGUACUACGGCAUGACCGCCGACGACUACACCGCCGUCCGCUGCGGCAUGAACGUCACAAAGGCCAUCAUCAACGGCACCAUCGAUGCCGGUAUCGGCCUCGAGAACGUGCAGAUGGUCGAGCUGGCUGAAUGGCUUGCGUCCCAGAACCGUCCCCGCACAGACGUGCAGAUGCUCCGCAUCGACCAGCUCGCUGAGCUCGGCUGCUGCUGUUUCUGCUCCAUUUUGUACAUCGCCAACGACGCCUUCCUUGCGGCGAACCCGGAGAAGGUCACCAAGUUCAUGAAUGCCGUCAAACGCGCGACCGAAUACGUCCUUGCUGAGCCGGCGAAGGCUUACGAGGAGUACAUCGACAUGAAGCCCAUAAUGGGCACCCCUGUCAACAGGAAGAUCUUCGAGCGCUCGUUCGCGUACUUCAGUCGCGACCUGAAGAACGUUCAGCGCGACUGGAACAAGGUCACCAACUAUGGCAAGCGCCUGGGGAUCCUGGAGAAGGACUUCGUGCCGAACUACACCAACCAGUACCUGUCUUGGACUCUCGACAAGGACUCGACUGAUCCGCUGGGUGACCAGAAGCGUAUGGCGAAGUUGCAGGAGCAGGUUGCUUUGGAGGGUGGCUUCCAUCGUCUGGGGGCGGCUUCCGCUUAG